ACUCCGCGCUUUCUGUACUACAGCCUUUCUAGCUCCCACUGCCAGAAUCCGGCGUUAUGGCUGCCGCUAUUCCCGGCGCCGCUUCUCUCUCCCCACUGUUUCCUCCCCUCUUGUUCCUCCUGCUCCUCUCCGCUCCUCAGGGCGGUAGCGGCCUGCACACCAAGGGUGCCCUUCCCCUGGAUACAGUCACUUUCUACAAGGUCAUUCCCAAAAGCAAGUUCGUCUUGGUGAAGUUCGACACCCAGUACCCCUACGGUGAGAAGCAGGAUGAGUUCAAGCGUCUGGCUGAAAACUCGGCCUCCAGUGAUGACCUCUUGGUGGCAGAGGUGGGGAUCUCAGAUUAUGGUGACAAGCUGAAUAUGGAACUGAGUGAGAAAUACAAGCUGGACAAAGACAAGUACCCAGUCUUCUACCUCUUCCGGGAUGGGGACUUUGAGAACCCGGUCCUGUAUAAUGGGGCAGUUAAGGUUGGAGCCAUCCAGCGCUGGCUAAAAGGGCAAGGGGUCUACCUAGGGAUGCCUGGUUGCCUGCCUACGUAUGACACCCUUGCUGCAGAGUUCAUCAAGGCCUCUAGCGUGGAGGCCCGACAGGCCCUCUUAAAGCGGGGGCAGGACAACCUCUCAGGUGUGAAGGAGACUGAGAAGAAGUGGGCUGAGCAGUACCUGAAGAUCAUGGGGAAGGUCUUAGACCAGGGUGAGGAUUUCCCAGCAUCAGAGAUGACCCGGAUCACCAAGCUGAUUGAGAAGAACAAGAUGAGCGACGGGAAGAAGGAAGAGCUCCAGAAGAGCUUAAACAUCUUGACUGCCUUUCAGAAGAAGGGUGCCGAGAAGGAGGAGCUGUAAAAAGGCACUCUAGGGUUUUCCAGAGUUUGGUGGGGAUGGGGAGGGAGAGUUACCUGCUGCCUGUGAGACCCUCCUGGGAUAUAAGGGAGUGGUGGGAUAAGUGACCCUAAACCAGCAUGCCCAGAUACUGAUGUUGUGACCAUGCUUGGGACAUCUCUGUAGCCAGUCUGAGUAUAGCUGGAAUAUUCAGAUAGCUUAUGAAAUUCCCUCAGAAGGAAUUGGUGCUAUAAAGAGUGUACUGCCCAGGUCCUUGACAGGUGUAAUUCUGAUCUAAUUAAAGUUUCUGUGUUUUGGUUAAGUGGA